AUGGGGGGUGUGAGCCGGGAGUGCAGUAUCACAGAGUUGGCAACUCGAGUGGGGAUAUACACAGUAGAUGAGAUGAGGAGUGUCCACUUCCUGGCAUUCCUUGCUGAUUGUCUCACGGACCGGCCAGAUGACUAUAAUGAAAACACUUUCGGGGCCGAGAUUACAGGGGGAGUAUACACGCCAUCUACUGCACGGGGAAGGAUGAUUCGAUCUACUACAUACAGACUGCUGCACCGUUUGAUUUCCAUGUCUCUCACGCACCAUAAGAACAGUGAGAGAGUGCCUUCGACAGACUUGUAUUUCCUAUGGGCACUUGUUACUCCAGGGAGGCACCUGAACCUUCCAGUUGCUUGA